AGAUGAUUAUUCCUACUUCGUUUUGUUUUUCACAGGAAAUAUUCACUGACGCAUCUUCGCAUUUGCACCCUGCCACUAACUACUACGCAUACUUUGACAAUGUAACAAUACUCAUACCGAGGACAUGGAGCGAUAAGCUGAAAGAAGCCGACGCAACCACAGAGAGAUUCGACAUUGCUAAUAUCGUAGUAGAUCAACCCCACCCUCACUACGGCGACAAUCCGUAUACGAAACAAAUCCUCAAAUGUGGACAACCGGGGGAGUAUGUUCAUCUGACGGAACGGUGGGUCAAAGACGAGAGGUAUAGUUGGUAUUAUUGGGGCGACCCAGGAAAGGUGAUUGUACACGAAUGGUCCCACUUACGAUGGGGUGUGUACGACGAGUACCCCAUUGAAGAUAACGAGCAUUUCUAUUAUGACGAAAAUGGCCGAGUGCAGCCGACAAGAUGUUCCGCUUCUGUCGUAGGAGAGAGUUUAGAUUUAUAUAACGACUUCAUACCGUGUAACACCGACCCUGAAAGUGGCGUUAUGCCAAGUCCUGGGUGUCGAUUCUUUCCUUAUAUGCGAAAAAACGUUGGUUCAGGAUCGUACAUGUACGCGCAGUAUGUUGAAUCUAUUUUGACAUUUUGCCACAGUGAUGACGACAAGAACAUAGAAGAAAAACACAAUCGUUUGGCGCUGAACAAACAUAAUACGCAUUGCCGUUAUGAAAGCACGUGGGACGUACUGCUACGACACACAGACUUUACAGAGAACAACGGCACGGAUGUCAAUAUCAAUGUGAUGCCGUCGUUCUUAGUCGUCAAGGAAGGCGAUCUACGCAUCGUGUUGAUUCUCGAUGUGUCGGGGAGUAUGAGUACUCAAAAUCGUUUCAUGCUAAUGAUUCAGGCGAGUACAAAAUACAUAGGAUAUACUGUACCCAAUGGCACAUGGAUUGGUAUCGUGGAAUUUAGCACCAACGCCACCAUUUUGUCUUAUCUUGAGCAAGUUGGUGAUCUAGAAAGCCGGCAGGAAAUAAUUAGUGACCUACCCACAACUGUUGUCGAAGAUACGUGUAUUGGGUGUGGUCUAGAAGCUGGCAUCGAGGUUCUCGAAUACGGCGGGAAGGACCCAGCUGGUGGAAUUUUCUUGUUGUUGACUGAUGGGCGAGAAAAUGUAGCCCCAUACAUAUCAGACGUUAUCGAUGAAUUAGUGGAGAAAGAAAUAGUUGUAGACACAAUAGCUUUUAGUAGCCAGGCCGAUCCUGGUUUGGCCGAACUGUCAGCAGAGACUGGUGGAACGGCUUAUUGGUAUUCAGAAAGUGAUGAAUCUACAGCAUUGCAUGACGCUUUCACGGACACUAUAACUAGCCGAACCAGUUCCAGUACAGAUACACCAGUACAGUUAACCAGCUACAAAACAACGAUCGCUGCUGACGAAAGCAUCACUGAAUACGUCUACAUCGACUCUACAAUCGGAAGACACACCAUAUUCUUUAUAUUCUGGGACCCUGAUCGAAACAAAAACGUGGAGGUCGUCAUUAGCUCGCCAGAUGGCAGUACCAUAGAUGAAGAGACGGGUCAAUACUUUAAAGAUAAAGACAUACAUACCAUUAUGAUCAUCAUUAAUGGCAUUGCACAGUCAGGACAGUGGACAUAUACUAUUACUAACGUCGAUUCAAAAGAUCAAACCGUUGAAGUUUCCAUCGAAUCGAAGUCUAUUGAUUCCAGUUCAUAUCCACUGCGUUUGCAAUCAACUAUUGGGAAUGAAAUAAUUACAGAAUCACCACCUCUAGUAAUUAUAUACGCCGAGGUAUUGAGGGGUUACGGACAAGUCCUCGACGCAAAUGUCGUUGCCACUGUUGAGAGACCGUCUCCCUACGAAUCAAUCGAGCUAAGACUAUUGGACAAUGGUGUAGGUGCCGAUAUCACAAAGGACGAUGGGACAUAUUCAGCAUACUUUCUAGAUUUCGUCAAUGCGAUGUGUAUCGACGAUUGUCGGUAUUCGAUACAGAUCAACGCAGACGACGAAGACGGUACGGCUAGUACUAGAACUGUCGUCAACACAGGGGCCCUGCCAAUAAACUAUGAUGCAAUUCCCAUGAAAAGUGAUCCUGUUCCCAUUGGAGAUUUUGAAAGAGUUACUUCUGGUGGAUCCAUUCAGGUUGACGAUAGUGUACACAUUCCUGGCGAAGAUGAGGAUCCCUACCCACCAUCACGAAUAUCCGAUCUAGAAAGCCCUUCAUCAGACUAUGACGAGCAAACCAUAACACUACACUGGACUGCAGUUGGCGAUGAUCUCGACCAAGGAACAGCUGACUUUUAUGAGCUUAGAUAUUCGACAUCGUUUAGCGUAGUUUUCGAUACGUUCGAGGAAGCCACAGAAGUCACCGAUGAUGAUCUUGUCACUGGCAAUUUAGAUGCGCCGUUACAGUCUGGCUCCCUGGAAACAUUCACGGUGGUACUUCCGACGAAAGGUAAUGGUACAACGUAUUACUUCGCUGUACGCGCCGUGGACGAUGCAGACAACAAGGGUGAAAUUUCAACGGUUGCCCAGAAUACCAUCGUACCUAUUCCUUCUAGUGGGCUGGCUUGGUGGGAAAUAUUUCUUAUUGUCCUUGCGAUCGUCCUAGCUGUUAGCGUCGUUGUUUUCAUUGUGUUAUACGCGUAUUUCGAAAAGCAAAAAAAACAAAAGGUAGGACUAGAAGAAGCGAACUACGCAUAA